GCCUCUGCCUCAAACUCUGCGUGUAGCUGCCUCAGACUCUGCCUCUGCCUGAGACUGCCUCUGCCUCUGCCUCAGACUCUGCCUCUGCCUCAGACUCUGCCUCUGCCACUGCCUGCACUGCCGGCUACCAGCUGCACCUCUCCAGCUAAGAUAGCUCUUCUUACACAAGCUUAAACCCUCUACAACUUUAUCAGCAACCGAGUCAGAGCGACACUGCCUCACCCGGAGCGUUAUUUCUUCGCCCACAGAGCUCUGCAGCCAUGCCCUCAGACCUUGCCAAGAAGAAGGCUGCCAAGAAGAAAGAGGCAGCCAAAGCUCGUCAGCGAGUCAAAAAACACGAGGAGGUCGAGCAGCCGGAGGAAAAUGGAGCAGUUCCAAAUGGGGAGACAAAUGGAGAUGUUUCUGCCCUGGCUAAAGAGCUAGAUGAGUUUGAGCUAAGGAAGAUAGAGGCUCGGGCGGUUACAGGUGUCUUGGCAUCGCACCCCAACAGUACAGACGUUCACAUCAGCAGUCUUUCACUGACUUUCCAUGGGCAGGAGCUGCUGAGCGACACAAGCCUGGAACUGAACUCAGGCAGACGCUACGGUCUCAUUGGCCUCAAUGGCACAGGUAAAUCUAUGCUCCUGUCUGCUAUUGGCCAUCGAGAGAUUCCUAUCCCAGAGCACAUAGACAUUUAUCAUCUGACACGUGAGAUGGCUCCCAGUGAGAAGACAGCAUUACAUUGUGUGAUGGAGGUGGAUGAGGAGAGGAUCCAGCUGGAGAAGGAGGCAGAAAGACUGGCCCAUGAGGACUCAGAGUGCGAGAAGCUGAUGGAGAUCUAUGAGCGCUUGGAAGAGCUGGAUGCAGACAAAGCCGAGGUUCGAGCUUCACGCAUUCUCUAUGGUCUGGGCUUUACCCCAGCCAUGCAGCAAAAAAAGCUCAAAGACUUCAGCGGCGGUUGGAGAAUGCGUGUCUCGUUGGCAAGAGCGCUGUUCAUUAAACCUUUCAUGUUGUUACUGGAUGAACCCACUAACCACCUUGACCUGGAUGCCUGCGUGUGGCUGGAGGAGGAGCUCAAAUCGUUUAAGCGAAUUCUUGUACUCAUCUCACACUCCCAAGACUUCCUGAAUGGUGUUUGCACCAACAUCAUACAUCUACACCACAGGAAGCUCAGAUACUACACAGGCAAUUACGACCAAUACGUGAAGACCAGGGAGGAGCUUGAGGAGAACCAGAUGAAACGCUACAACUGGGAGCAGGACCAGAUAGCACACAUGAAGAACUAUAUUGCUCGAUUUGGUCACGGCUCGGCUAAGCUGGCUCGUCAGGCUCAGAGCAAAGAGAAGACGUUGCAGAAGAUGGUGGCCUCAGGCCUGACCUCCCGCGUAGUUACAGAUAAGACUCUGUCAUUUUAUUUUCCUCCCUGUGGGAAGAUUCCGCCUCCUGUCAUCAUGGUGCAGAAUGUCAGUUUCAGAUAUUCCGACGACACACCAUAUAUUUAUAAAAACCUGGAGUUUGGCAUUGAUCUGGACACGCGAGUGGCUCUGGUGGGCCCUAAUGGAGCAGGGAAGUCCACACUACUGAAACUGCUGAUGGGAGAGCUCCUCCCAACUGAUGGUAUGAUCAGGAAACACUCACAUGUGAAGAUUGGCAGGUAUCACCAGCAUCUGACUGAACAGCUGGAGUUGGACCUGUCUCCUCUAGAGUACAUGAUGAAGUGUUACCCAGAGAUCAAAGAAAAAGAGGAGAUGAGAAAGAUCAUCGGACGGUACGGCCUGACGGGUAAACAGCAGGUGAGUCCCAUCAGGAAUCUGUCAGAUGGUCAGAAGUGUCGUGUGUGCUUCGCUUGGCUGGCCUGGCAGAACCCCCACAUGCUCUUCCUGGAUGAACCUACCAAUCACCUGGACAUCGAGACCAUCGAUGCACUGGCUGAAGCCGUCAACGAGUUUGAGGGAGGGAUGAUGCUGGUCAGCCACGACUUCAGACUCAUCCAGCAGGUGGCUCAGGAAAUUUGGGUGUGUGAGAAUCAGACCAUCACCAAAUGGAACGGAGACAUUCUGGCGUACAAGGAGCACUUGAAAUCAAAAAUUGAUAAACAGACACACGACGUUUGAAGAUCUAGAGCCGGGACUCUUUCCUUUGCAUCAUGGAUAGAUUACUUUGCCCUGCUCAUCAUACUGUAAUGCAUGUGAUCUAAGAACAUUUCCCACAGACUUUCCCCAAAAUUUCAGAGUGGAUUGUUACUCGCAUUCCAGUGUUCCAGCAUCAAAAUACAGUACAUGCAUUCUCUAUUCUUUGGAGAGAACUUCACACACACCAAUCAUAGUCUGGGUAUCAACUGUCACUUUUCUUUUUAUUUAAUAUUAUAAAUGCAAUAAUGUUGAAUAAAUCAAAGUUUACCAAAAUAGUAGGCUAGGAGUUUAAUCACAUGAGUAUAAUCACAUCAUUCGAAACCAAUCACUCAAAACACAUUUGCAAAGCAGUCUUUAAUGAAAUUAGCUUUUAAAAGCUCACAAAUGCAAAUUAACAGGUCCAGUUUGGGGCAACAGGAUACUAGAGGUCAACAAGAAGGCAGGCAAAAGACUGAUAGGCAGUACAGCAAACUAGGGAAAUUAUGUAAAUGGCUAGGGGGGAUAAGUAAAGAACAUGAGACAUUUUGAAAUGAAAUGUGCAAAAUCAUAGUAUGUAUAAUCCAGGCUUAAUCAGUGCCUGCAUUAACCGAUGUGCAUUAAUGAUGCGGAGGGCAGCAUGGGAUAUGGGAUGCAUAAUGACUCAGCAAACUUGUUCCAUAGACUGUGUGUCUAAAUGCUGGUUAUACAGACUACACUAUAAAAAAACUAACUGUAAAUUUUAUAGUAAUUUACUGCCAACAGGGUUGUCAAUAACGUACUAUAAAAAAUUACAAUAAACAACUGUAAACAUA